CACCCUUCUCCUCACCUUCACCCCUCUCGCUCUCGGUAUCUCUCUCUCUCUCUCUCUCUCUCUCUCUCUGCUAGUGUACUGCAAAAAGCUUCGAAACCCUAGGAAUCUCUCAAAUCUCGAAUCUCAUUCACUCAUAUCUCUACAAGCUCUGCUCUGUGUGUAUUUCUCUCUCGCUGCUCUGUUUCCUCCACCCCUUAUCACUCCUUUCCCCUGCUCUCGAUCUUCUCACCAAACUCCCUGACUCAUCGACAAUCUCAUGGCUGAAGGCAAGCUUGAUCUUCCCGAUGAUCUUCUCUCUUCCAAAUCGUCCGAUCAGUCCUGGACCCCCAAAGUUUGAAAUUUUAGGGCUUCCAAGUCAUUUUCGGAUUCGUCUCUCGGUGGUGUUUCAGAUCAGUUGCCUUGUGUGGAAGCUUCUGGUGGAAAUGGUGAUGAAAAAGGGAUGAUCGGGCUACUUGAUGAUUCAAAAGCUACUUCAGAUCAAGCAGCACUAGAAAGCAACAUUCCUUUGUCUCCCCAGUGGCUUUAUGCUAAACCAAGUGAGAUUAAGAUGGAAAUGCGCGGACCAAGUUCCCUUUCUCUUGGGAAUUCUGCUGAUCCCAAUCAGAAGGAGGGCUGGCGUCCAGAUGUACCUGAGGACAAAAGAGAUUGGAGAAAAACCGCAACUGAGACUGAAAGUGGCCGCCGCUGGCGUGAAGAAGAAAGGGAAACUGGCUUGCUUGGUAGAAGAGAUCGCAGGAAGACUGACCGUCGUGUUGACAAUACUUCAGUUAGAGAAAACACUGACAAUAGAGCUUUGUCUACUGAUAGGUGGCAUGAUGUUACUAAUCGCAGUUCUGGGCAUGAUACACGGCGUGAUAGCAAAUGGUCAUCUAGGUGGGGUCCAGAAGAAAAAGAUAAGGAGUCUCGGGCCGACAAAAAAACAGACAUAGAGAAGGAAGAUGCUCACAGUGAUAGUCAAUCAUUUGUUGGCAGCAAUCCGCGUGCAGUUCCUGAGCGUGAGUCAGAUUCUCGUGACAAGUGGAGGCCACGCCAUAGGAUGGAGGGAAAUUCUAGUGGGCCAGGUUCCUACCGUGCUGCACCUGGUUUUGGACUUGAGAGAGGAAGGGCAGAGGGUUCUAAUAUGGGGUUUACUUUAGGACGGGGAAGAUCAAGUGUAGCAGUUGUAAGACCUCCAUCUGCAGGUUCUCUUGGUGCUACUCAAUUUGACAGGUCUGAAAGUGUCCCUGGGAAACCAAGUUCCUCAGCUGUUACAUUUUGCUACCCUAGGGGGAAGCUUCUUGACAUUUACCGCAGGCAAAAACUGGAUCCAUCUUUUGCUGUCAUGCCUGACCACAUGGAGGAAGUACCUCCUAUAACAGAAGUUACUGUCCUUGAGCCAUUGGCCUUUGUCACUCCUGAUGCAGAAGAAGAGGGUGUCCUUGGUGAUUUAUGGAAGGGCAAAAUCACCAGUAGUGGGGUGUCGUACAAUUCAUUUAGAAAUGGCAAAUCAACUGAUAACGUUACAGAUGUUGAAGACUUGGAACCCACCAAUGGGAGAUGUGGUAUUUUGCCCUCAAUUAUGCCUGACGAGAUUGUGGAUUCUCUUGGAGGAUCUGUGAAUGAUGGUAUUUCUCAGGCUGAUGUUUUUAGUACCUUGAACAACGAGGGUCCUAAAAUGAAUUGGAUAAAUGAAGGAGAUGUUUAUUGUGAAGGGGAAGUUGAAAUUCCUGCAGCUACUGUCGGGAUGAAUGCAUCAGAUGAAUUGAUGCAAACAAUUUCAAACAGCAACAAUUUCUGCAGUGUGCAAGACAUUAAUGCUUCUCAGCUCAAAGUUGCAGAUUCUGCCUUCACCAAACAUCCUUCUCUGGAUGGCAUUGCAUAUGAUGGUGCUUUUGGUGUCAGUGCCAAGCUUCCAGAUGAUUCAAAUUCUUUAUUUGUUUCUCCAUCUUCUGAACAGAGUUGGAGUGGCAAUUUGCGGUACUUUCAGGGCCGUCCUAAUGAAUAUCAGUUAGAAGGGGGUAUCCCACCGGAGGAGUUGAGUUUGUACUAUCGGGAUCCUCAAGGAGAAAUACAGGGACCAUUUCUCGGGGCUGACAUAAUUUCAUGGUUUGAGCAAGGGUUUUUUGGGACUGAUCUGCCAGUUCGCUUGGAAGAUGCUCCAGAGGAAACACCUUUCCAAGAGUUGGGUGAGGUCAUGCCGCAUCUGAGAGUUUUAGAUGGACAAGCCUAUAGUGCCAGUAUAAGUUCUAAUGUAGAAGAGCCUGGAUCAUUGGAAGAGAAAUCAGGGCCUAGUUUACCCAUUUCUGCCCCUUUUACUGAAAUUACUGAUUUGUCUGCAUUAAAUGACCACCGCUGGCAACUGUCUAGGUUUGAUGGUCAACCAAUGCAGCAUGUUCAGUCAAGAAUUUCUGAGCAUGACGGUCCAUUUCAACUCCCAUAUACUGAGGGUCAAAGCUAUCAUGAUUUUGUUGCUCAAGAUGAAGAAAUUGUGUUUCCAGGGAGACCUGGAAGUGGUGGCAAUCCUAUAGGGAAAACUUCUACUAGCAUUAAUGAUCCUUCUGCAAAUCCCAUAGGCAACCUUUCUCAGCCAAUUGAAUUUACCGAACCUGGUAUACCUCAUCAGAGUAACAAUAAGUUGCAUCCUUUCGGGUUGUUGUGGUCUGAGCUUGAAGGCCCUUAUACAAGGCGUAACCAGACGUCGAACAUGCCAUCAGGCAGUGGUGCUCAGGAUCAGUUUGUCAACCCUAUCGCUGGAAGAAUUGGCCCUUUUGGUGCAGUGGUUGAUUCAACUCAUACUGCGGAGACAUGGUCUGAUAUUUAUAGAAGAAAUACAGUUCCUGGCCCCAAUUUGUAUCAAGAUGCCAUGGAUGCUCGCCGGUUAACACAUGUGGAUCAAGAAUCCAACCGCUUUGACGCAUCAGAAAAGCUUUUGUCUCAACAAUUUCAACAACAGCUGCAGCACCGUAAUCUGUUAUCUCCUCAUCCCCACUUGAAUGAUUCAGUGCUAGAACCAGUGCCAAGUCGGACUUCAAUUCACCAGCAACAGCUGGCUAACCAAAUAGGCCCAGAUCUGGAACACCUUUUGGCACUGCAGCUGCAGAAGCAGCAACAACAACAGCAGCAGCAGCAGCUCCAACAACAUCAAUUACAGCAACAGCAGUUUCAUCAACAACAAAUGCUAUUGCAGGAGCAACAGCAGUCUCAAGCUCGACAGCUGCUUCUUGAACAAUUUCUGCAGAGUCAAAUGCGUGAUUCUGGCCGUGGACAGUCUCGUGUUGAUUCUGUUAGAGCCAACAAUGCUCUUGAUCAGGUUUUGUUGAAGCAACAAAUUUUACAUGAACUACAACAGCGUUCCCAUCAUGCUCCAAGGAAUUCUGAUCCAUCCCUCGAGCAUCUUAUUCAAGCAAAAUUUGGUCAAACGCCACAUCAUGGGCACCAAAGCGAUUUAUUGGAGCUUGUAUCACGUUCAAAGCACGGCCAGAUGCACUCUUUGGAACAUCAGAUUCUUCUAUUGGAGCAGUUGCAUGCAAGGCAGUUGGGUGUGGGGUUGAGGCAGAGGUUGGAAAUGGAAGAAAGGCAUAUGGGUUCUAUCUGGCCUGGUGAAGAAGCCAAUCAGUUUCUCAGGAGUCCUGCUGGUGCACAGCGAGCUCACUCUGCAGGGUUUAGCCCAUUAGAUUUUUAUCAGCAACAAAAGAGACCAUCCCCUGAGGAGCAGCUGAGUCACCUUGAGCGGAAUCUUUCAUUACAAGAUCGACUCCAACGAGGCCUUUAUGAUCCUGGCCUAUUGCCAUUUGAGCGGUCAAUGUCUUUGCCCGGUGGUGCUCCUGGAAUGGACCUGGAUGUCAUGAAUACGUUGGCUCACGGUCAAGGUUUAGAUAUGCAGGAACUAAGUGCACGAAUGCACUCUGCUAAUCAAGUGGGUGGGUUGUCCUCUGGUGUCCACUCUCACCACCCUUCAGUUCCCAACCAAUUUCAUGCUUCACAUUCUGAUGCAAUUGAGGGCCACUGGUCUGAGAGCAAUGGUCAGGUACCAAAUGACUGGAUGGAAUCUAGGAUACGACAAUUGCAUUUGAAUGCUGAAUUGCAGAAUAGGGAUUCUGAAGUUAAAAUGACUUCAGAAGAUCCAAGUUUGUGGAUGUCAGCUGGAACAAGCAAUGAUAAUUCGAAGCGUUUGCUUAUGGAAUUGCUCCAUCAAAAAUCAGGUCAUCAGUCAGCUGAUUCAAUAGAUGUGAGCAAUGGAGUAUCCUAUGACAGAAGACCACCUUCUGGUCGCUAUUCUGGAACAAGCUCUUCUAAUCAAUCCUUCAGUCUUUUAUCAGAUCGUGGAGCUGGUGUAAACCAAUCAUUUACCUUGGGACCUUAUGGCUCUAAUUCAGGUGGACUGCCACAAGUUCAGUUGGCUGAUGAGAAGGCUAGCGCUAUGGAAAGCAGUGAAAGAAGACAGCCUCUUAGAUCCAAUUCUGGAGUAUUGAGUGAAGGAGACCGAUUCUUUUCGGACAUCGACGAAACUUCUCAAUCAAUUUACAUGAAUUCCAACAUGAUUGCAAAGUCCUAUACAGAAAGAGAUUUCGUAGACUUGGACAGUAAAAAACAAGGAUUCAGAAUUGAGGAUGGUAUGAUAAACGGGCAAGCUUCAGAUAUUCAAGAAGGCAUGGCAGAGAAGGCAGGGUUGGCGGUUGUAGAUCGUGUUGAAACGCCAAUUAAUGUCAUCAGCAGGCAUAAUUCACUUGGCAUUGCUGGUGGGAUUACAACCUUCUACAAUGACAAAGUUGGAAUUUCUGAAUCUUUCGCAGAAGAGGUUGCUAAGGCCCGGGUACCAGCCCUUACAUCCAAAGGGUUGGACAAUUUUCUGCUGAAACGUCCACCCGCCUCAAGGAAUUCAUCAUCUCAAGAAGGGUUGUCCGAGAUGUCCUCUGAUCCAGUCACCAGAGGGAAACAUCCUCCAACUUCAGCUGCUUCUGAAGGAGGAAGACGUGAGCCAGGGGGCCAUCCUGCAAGCCACAGUUCUGACAAUUUGUCAUCUGCCAAGAAAGACAACACGCAUUUUCGACGAACCUCAUCAAGUGUUGGUUCAGAUGUUUCGGAACCAUUGUUCGUUGACAUGCUUAAAAGCAAUGCCAAGAAGCCAGCACAACCGGAGGGUCCUGCAGCAGGAGCUUCAGAGUCAUCAGACGGAACACAGGCUGGCCGGAGCGGGAAAAAGAAAGGGAAGAAAGGGAGGCAAAUUGAUCCGGCGCUUCUUGGGUUCAAGGUGACGAGUAAUCGCAUCAUGAUGGGUGAGAUUCAACGGAUGGAAGAUUAACAAAGCCUUAUUUAGUAGAUCUACUGUACUAUUCCUGUUUCUUGAAACACUGUACAGGAUUUAAUUUCUGUAAAGCAUUCGUAGUUGAUAUUCUUUGAUUUUUUUUUGGGUUCCCCAUUUGCAUCUCAUUCAUGAUGUAGGGGUGAGUGAUGGAAAAGCCUGGUUGUUAGUCCUUUAGAAGUCAAAGCCAUGUAGGAUGGGGUGGUGUUAGAAAAAGGUUGUACAGACAGUUUUUUCAUGGGAAAACUAAUGAAUGAAGAGAAUCAUGUAUGCAAAUGUUCUUCGCA